UUGUUAGACACAUGUGUCACCUGGUUUCUUAAAAACUGUUGCAAAGACACAAGACAAGAACAGCACGUAUGAGAUGAGAUCCACUGACUCUGUUUGUUUUCGAGUUUUCAGAAGUCGCCACUCUCACUUUCCUUCCUUAAUAACUGGGUUUCGUUUCAACGUCACUUCACUUCUACACUGUGUUCAGAGCCACCGAGACUGACUUCAACAAUCUUUUUCUGUGUUGACCACCGGAGCAGCGUUUUCCGGCGGGUUUUGGUGGCUCCGGUUGAUGACGUGGUUUUUCCGUGACCAAAAUCCAUCUGGGUUUUGGGAUCAUUGACAUGUGGAAUUGAGUCGGUGACUCGGUGGAGUAGUGUGACUUGUGAGCGAAGAUGUUCAGAUGGAAGAGUGAGAGACACAGGGUCAAAGCUGUUUUCAAACUCCACUUCCAUGUCACCCAGAUGGUGCAAUCUGCGGUGGAUGGUUUGGUGCUGUCUAUAGUUCCAGGGGACAUUGGAAAGGUAACUACGAGGUUAGAGAAAGCAGCAGUUCGUGGUGGAGUUUGUAGAUGGGAGAAUCCUGUCUACGAAACAGUGAAGUUUGUUCGGGAGCCAAAGACUGGGAAAUUCAAUGAGAGAUUAUAUCAUUUUGUGGUUUCAACGGGGUUAUCAAAAGCUAGCUCCUUUGGGGAAGUUUCUGUGGACUUUGCCGAGUAUGCUGAGGCUACAAAGCCCUCCACUGUCUCUCUUCCCAUCAAGAAUUCUCAUUGUGAUGCCGUCUUGCAUGUAUCAAUCCAGAGACUACAAGAAAAUAAUGAUAAAAGAGAGGAAGAGGAUUGUGAAGAUGCCAAACUAAAAGCCAAUGAUAGAAGUUUGAGGACCUACUUAAGCAAUGGAGAGAUAGACGCAAACUCUAAAAUUGAUUCUUCUGAAGAUGUGUCUGCCAAAGCAAACACCAAUGGAGCUGCACUGAGUGCUGAUUGUAGAACAUCUAGUGGUUCUGACAUUACAUUGUCAAGUUCUGAUGGCAGUUCCGGACUUGAUACUCUGCGAGAAAAUGGAUUAAGAAAUGGUGGCAUCCACCACAACGACCAUGGUUUUCUUUCAGAGGCCAGCCACCCUUCAGAGCCCCAAAAGCCUGCUGUAAAUGCCUCUGCAGUAAUGUAUGAUAUUCAUCAGAGAUCACACUGGGACUGGUCAGCUCGCUCAGAACACAGUUUGAGUACCGACAGUUCAACUAAUGGUUCUCAGGAUGUGUUUCCUAGGGAAAGAUCCCAUCAAACAUCUGAUAUGGAAGUUGAAAGACUCAAGGCUGAACUUGCUGCAUUGGCCAGGCAGGCAGAUGUGUCAGACUUGGAACUACAGACUCUUAGGAAGCAAAUUGUAAAGGAAAGCAAAAGAGGACAGGAGCUCUCAAAGGAAAUCAUUAGCUUGAAAGAGGAAAGAGAUGCACUCAAGCUUGAAUGUGACAAUCUCAGAUCUUUUCGCAAACGAAUGGAGGAGGCCAAAGUGAGUAACAGACCUCAAUUGGAUAGUGGGGAUCUUUGUACUCUUGUUGAAGAAAUUAGACAAGAAUUGAAGUACGAGAAGGAGCUGAAUGCGAAUCUCCAAUUACAGUUAAAGAAGACACAAGAUGCAAAUUCUGAACUAGUUCUUGCAGUGCAAGACCUGGAUGAAAUGCUGGAGCAGAAAAAUAGUGAAAUAUAUAGUCUUUCCAAUAAACAUGAAGAGGGUAAAAACUCCCAUGAGUUAGCGGGAAAGCUCUCUAAUUGUGAAACAGAUGACGAAGAACAGAAAGAGUUGGAAGAGCUAGUUAAGGAGCACAGCAAUGCCAAGGAGUCUCACUUACUUGAGCAAAAGAUUAUAGAUCUCUAUGGUGAAAUAGAGAUGUAUAGGAGAGACAAAGAUGAGUUAGAGAUGCAGAUGGAACAGCUUGCACUAGACUAUGAGAUAUUGAAACAGGAAAACCACGAUAUUGCAUAUAAGCUGGAACAAAGUGAACUGCAAGAACAAUUAAAAAUGCAGUAUGAAUGUUCAUCUCCUCCUCCUGCUGUUGAUGACGUUGAGGCCCAUAUUCAGAAUCUGGAAAAUCAACUCAAGCAACAGUCUGAAGAAUUCUCAAAUUCUCUGGCUACUAUCAAGAAACUUGAAACCCAAAUAAGCAGAUUAGAGGAGGAACUGGAGAAACAAGCCGCAGGAUUUGAAGCUGAUCUAGAUGCCGUGACACGCGACAAAGUUGAGCAGGAGCAAAGAGCCAUCCGUGCGGAAGAAGCUUUGCGAAACACCAGACAUAAAAAUGCUAACACUGCUGAGAGGCUUCAAGAAGAAUUUAGAAGGCUCUCAACGCAAAUGGCUUCUACAUUUGAUGCAAAUGAGAAGGCUGCCAUGAGGGCAUUGACCGAAGCAAGUGAACUUCGUGCGCAGAAAAGACUAGUGGAAGCAAUGCUGCACAAAGUUAAUGAAGAGCUUCAGUCAGCCAAAGCUGAGUAUGAGGUAAAACUGAUUGAACUAUCCAACAAAAUAGACAUGAUGACAGCUCAGAAACAACAGAUGUUUUUGGAAAUUGAGGACAAGUCCAAGCAGCUUGAAAAUCAGAAGACGCGUGAGGAACAAGUUAGUAGGGAUUUCUCUGAAGAGAUCCAAAUGCUAAAAGCAGAAAAUGAAAGGCUUAAAGUGGAGAUAUCAUGCCUCUCUGAGCAAGUAGAACAAAAAGAAAUGUUAAGAAAUGACUUGGAGCUUAUGAAUAAAUCACUUGAGGAAUCUGAGGCUCAGUUACAGAAUAGAACAGUGGAAAGCAAUGAGCUGGUGAGUGAAAUUGCUUUAUUGAAGAAGGAAGCAGAAAGGUCACUUGAUGAGCUAAAUAGGAUGCAGAAUCUCAAGGAUGAAAAAGAGAUGGCGGGUAGAGUGUUGCAGUCAGAGUUAGAAGCACUUAGAGCUCAAUAUAAUGACUUGAAAAGUUAUCUUCUUGGGGAUGAGGCUGAGAAAGAAAAUCUGAGAAAGCAAGUUUUCCAGCUAAAGGGUGAACUAAAGAAAAAAGACGACGCAUUAAUCAACAUUGAGAAGAAGUUCAAGGAUAGCAAUGGACGCACACAGCUUUCUGAGGGAACUAAAACAAAUUCAAAGAACAAAAAGGGUGCAUCAAUUCCUCAGAGCUCAAAAGAAAUGGCAAAUCUGAGGGAGAAAAUAAAAACACUUGAGGGCAUGAUAAAGUCAAAGGAAACAGCUUUGGAAAUGUCAACUUCUUCAUUUUUGGAGAAGGAAAGGGAGCUCCAAUCCAAAAUUGAGGAACUGGAGGACAAAGUGGAGGAAUUCAACCACAGCAUUGCUUUGCAAAAGGUUGUUGAGGACAAGAAUACUACUACUUCAAAUGGUGUUGCAGUGUCAUUAUUCAAGAGUGAUGUACAUUUGUCGGAGAAAGAAGCAGAAAUAUCCACAAUAGAUAGUAAUGAGGGUGGCUACCUUUGUGAAACUUUAGCUGAAUUAUCGUUGUUGAAGGAAAGAAACAACUCAAUGGAAACGGAGCUGAAAGAGUUGCAACAAAGAUACUCAGAAAUGAGUCUAAGAUUUGCGGAGGUAGAAGGUGAAAGACAAAAGCUUGUCAUGACUGUACGAAACCUCAAGAAUGCCCGGAAGGCCCAAAUGACUAGUUCAUGAUAUCUGCUGUGGAAAUAGUAUAAGAUGAAUGAAUUAAUGUGUACAAUGGCAGGAUAUGUAUGCAUUUUCUUCUCCUUUUCUUAGGUUUUUUCUCCCUCCCUUCCGAAUCGUAAAUGUGUGCCAUAAUAAGGGUACCGUUUUACAGAGUUGUCCUAGCAGUUUGUGAUGUUUUAAGUUCUAUAGUUACCAAUAGUGCUCAUCAGUUCUUUGAUUGUAUCUUUUCUUUUCUCUUUCUUAUGCGUUUAUAUACAUAUUCUUUUAUUGUAUCCUUUAACUGAUAUAUGAUAUAAUACAAAUGAGCAUUUCUUUUAUUGAA